GGGCCUAUUCCAAUAAUGCGUCUGGUUUUCAAUACAAUACAAGGGUUCUGGGGAGGUUUAUCGGUGUAUCGUUUUUCAGGCCUUCUUCAGAACUUCUUCUACCGUCGUGGUCUCACUUCAGAGUUCACGGGUAGUUUUUUCCGACUCCAUAGAAGGUGCUGUUCUGCUAUUGGCCAUGCCGGUUAUCCAUCAUCACGUAAACCCUACAUACACGAUUCCUUCGAAGCUCCCUCUAAUUUGCAACUCUGUAACUCAGCUCAAGAAUUUCGGGUUAUCAACUUCACCUCGCACCUUUAAAAGCUUCCAUUUAAGUUCAGGAGAUUCAAUAUUUCGUCGCGGGGAAGUACGGAAUUGGAACCCUAGUUUUCCCUUUGUUCGUCGGAAAUGCAGUCGAAGAACCGUAAUUAGGGCCGCUGGGGGUUCGGAUUACUAUUCUACGUUGAAUCUCAGUAGAGAUGCGACAUUGCAGGAGAUUAAGAGCGCUUAUAGAAAGCUCGCUCGUAAGUACCAUCCAGAUUUGAACAAGAGCCCAGGGGCAGAAGAGAAAUUCAAGGAGAUUAGUGCUGCGUAUGAGGUUCUAUCAGAUGAUGAGAAAAGAUCUUUAUAUGACCGCUUUGGUGAGGCAGGUUUACAGGGUGACUAUAAUGGCUCUGGUUUCAGUUCACAGGGGGUCGACCCUUUUGAAGUGUUUGAUGCAUUUUUUGGUGAAUCAAAUGGAAUUUUUGGAGGCAGGGAUGAUUUAGGGGGUAUUAACUUCAAUUUGAGAAACAAGCGCGAUCAGGAUCUUGAUAUUCGGUAUGACCUAUACUUGAGCUUUGAGGAAUCAAUUUUUGGAGGAGAGCGGAAUAUUGAAGUUUCCUGUUUUGUAACAUGUGAUGAUUGCAAUGGGACAGGUGCAAAAUCUAGAAAUUGCAUAAAAUCAUGUACUAACUGUGGAGGUAGGGGUGGGGUGAUGAAAACUCAGAAAACACCAUUUGGAAUAAUGUCGCAGGUUUCUACCUGUUCAACAUGUGGUGGUGAUGGCAAGAUUAUUACUGAUCAUUGUCGAAGGUGUGGCAGUGGAGGUAGAGUCCAGUCAAAGAGAAGUAUCAAAGUAAUCAUCCCACCUGGUGUUAAUGAUGGAGCCACUAUGCAAGUUCAAGGGGAAGGAAAUUUUGAUAAGAAAAGGGGUAUGGCAGGUGACCUCUAUUUGUUCCUACAUAUUGAUGAGAAAGAAGGAAUCUGGAGGGAUGGUCUUAACCUUUGCUCAAAGAUUAGUAUAGAUUAUACUGAGGCAAUACUAGGGACCAUUGUCAGGGUAGAAACAGUUAAGGGUUUGCAAGAUCUUCAGAUUCCUUCUGGGACUCAGCCUGGUGAUGUAAUAAAAUUGCCUAAUAUGGGUGUUCCAAACAUUAAGAAACCUUCUAUGCGAGGUGAUCAUCAUUUUAUCGUGAACGUUGAGAUUCCAAAGGAAAUCAGUGAUAAAGAACGAAUGCUUAUUGAAAAGCUGGCUUCACUCAAGGCAUCCUAUAGAGACCAUGCUGUUCCCUCCAAUGGGACAGUUGAAGGUGACUUUAGCAACUGUAAGAUGAGGAACAAUAGCCAUUCUUCAAGUGCAGGGGUCAAGCAAAUCUCAUCAUUAUGGAGCUCUUUAAAGAACGUUUUCAGGAGAAAGCAAUCUCGGACACGCUUUGCAUCAGUUAGCAUUGAAACACCUACUGCAGUUUGGACUUGUAGCAGACCAGAUUCCUCAAUUAUGGCAUCCAUGUUUGUGGUUUUUGUUAUAAGCUGCAUCUUUUCUUUGAUAGGGAGGAUUAAUUCGUCCACCACACGACAGAGGAACUGCUCCCUUCCUCCCUGUAAUAAAACAAGAACAGAGAUAUAGCAGUGAUUGCCCACAUUUUGUAAUAGCUACAAAUUGCUCAGAAGGGAACUAUCAAAAAAAAAAAAAAAAAGAAUUGCGCAGAAGGGGAUGGUUUAUGAUAUUUUGCUCACUCCAUCCCUUAAAGACAAUAAAAUUCUUGUUAUAUUCUCUUUCUCA